GCCUGGGGCUGCUGAAUGAUGUCCCUAUGGAUGCCAGCCCCGUGUCCCACCUGAGAAGAAGGCUUCUGCUGCCCAUAUGCACCAUGCUCUUCCUCUGCCUCUAUAUGUUCUACUCUUGCGCCAGUUCUUGCGCCUCCUUUCCUAGCUCUAGCGCCCCAGCAGCGCCGCCCGGAGGAGUCCUGUCCCAGCUACUGCUUCGACCCGAUCCCCGACCAGAACCUCCCCGACCACCGACGGCCGACGACACGGGCUCCAUCAUCAGCAGCUUCUACAACGGAUCCGGGAGCAAGAAGCUGCCCCAAGCCAUCAUCAUCGGGGUGAAGAAAGGGGGGACCAGGGCCCUGCUGGAGUUCCUGAGGGUGCACCCCGACAUCAGGGCUGUGGGGGCUGAACCCCACUUCUUUGAUAGGAACUAUGACAAGGGACUGGACUGGUACAGGGAGUUGAUGCCGAGGACACUUGACGGUCAGAUCACCAUGGAAAAGACUCCGAGCUACUUUGUGACCAAGGAGGCUCCAGCCCGAAUCGCUGCCAUGUCGAAGGACGCUAAGCUGAUAGUGGUGGUGAGGGACCCAGUAACUCGCGUCAUAUCGGACUACACCCAGACAUUGUCCAAGAGGCCAGACAUCCCCACCUUUGAGAGUUUGACAUUCAAAAACAGGACUACAGGUCUUAUCGACAUCUCAUGGAGUGCCAUCCAGAUUGGUAUCUAUGCCAAGCACUUGGAGAACUGGCUCCAGUAUUUCCCUAUGAGUCAGAUCCUCUUUGUGAGCGGUGAGAGACUGAUCACGGAUCCCGCAGGAGAACUGGGACGUGUCCAGGAUUUCCUGGGACUUAAACGAAUCAUCACGGACAAACAUUUUUAUUUUAACAAGACUAAGGGUUUCCCAUGCUUGAAAAAAGCAGAAGGUAGCAGUAAACCCCAUUGUCUGGGGAAAACUAAGGGCAGGACUCACCCCAACAUAGACCCAGAAGUUGUCCAGAGAUUGCGAGAGUUCUACAGGCCAUUCAAUAUGAAGUUCUACCAAAUGACUGGCCAUAACUUUGGUUGGGACUGAACUCAGCCGGAGUAGUAGACUUAUGUGAAGUAAACACACAUUCUGUGUGUUUGUAUAAAUGUACAGAGAUCUAUUUUAUUAUAAUUUAUUUGUAAUUCCUAAGCAAUUAAUUCACUAAGCUGCCUAACCUCGUGGUUCCUUGAUUGCCCAUAGUAUUAACAUUCCCUCACACCAUGACCCUCAAAGAGACGGAAAAUCUAUGUCUUGCACAGGUGACCUGCAGGCAAAUUCAUGGUUUCGAAAGAAAAAGGGUUUUUCAUCUCCAUCUUGCAUAUCCGCAAAUGGUGCUCCUUAUGCAGUCGUAUAUCUCUUGAGAAAAAUGAAAGCACAAUGAUGUUACCUUGGUGUUUGUUAUGUUUACGGGUAUUGAAAAUUUUUUCAGCCGCAAGCUUGCUGGGUUCUUGUUUUUCGUUAUGCUUCUCAAUACUUGGGCAUUGAUCAUUACUGUACUUGACAAGGUGGUAGAAGGCAGAGGCAGAAGUUUCUUGGUGGAAUGCAAAGUGAAUAACUCUAAUAUCAUAGUGCCAUAUUCAGUAUAAUCACAUAAACAUCUAUUCAGACUUUUGGUGCUGUCAACUACAAUAACACAACAGGGUCCAUCCGACUGGCACCAUUUUCACAAUUUGUGGGUUGUUUCAGAUGAGCAUCUAAUUCUACCAUGGCCUGGAGGUGUGGAAAGCAAUAUGGGUUAAUUAUGUAUGUUUAUAAUUCAGUGUUUACGAGAACACAUGACAGAUCCCAAAGUAUUCAGCAAGACUUGCAUUGCAUUGUCAGUCACUAGUGGUGAAUGGGUAAUCUAGCCGAUGAAAGUCUUUAUGUCUUCCAUAUUCUCUAUGCAUGAUUUUAUUAUUAUAUUUUUUUUUUUUACAUUUGCUUACCUUUUAAACACCACAAUCCUUGCUGGAUACACCAUAACAUAAUGGGAUUUAUUUAUGACAAAAUCCAAGUAAGAUAUGAAGUCUUCUUUGCACUAUUAUGACAUUUUUUUACCAUAAUAACAGGAUAUUUGUCACAUUGCAGUAUUUCCUAUUACCAUUUCAAGCUAUGAUAAUGUAGUGAUAUCUCCAAAAACAUCACGCUUAAUCCUUUUCCAUCAGAAUGUUCUUGUUUUUUUUAAGCUCUAUAGACAUUAGUUCAACAUAGGUCAAAAAGGCCAAUUUUAGUUAAUUUCCCGAUUGUUGGCCAUUGACUUGUUCACAUUGUUUUAUGCAACUGACAACAAUGUAAUUUUUUUUUGUAACCCAAUAGUUACUAGGGUGUCUUUACCACUCCUUGGUAAUUUUGAUCUUUGCAGGGUGAAAAUCUUGCACGCGCUCCAUUCAUUGCCUACAGACAAGGAAUGGAGCGCAUGCUGAUCAGCUGAUCCAUUUAGUGUGGAGAGUCGGGACUAGAGUCGUUCUAGAGAUCAAUAGGGGUCGUAGAGGUCGGACUCCCCAUGAUCAGACAUCUAUAUCUUAAUCUUAUGUAUAGGGGUUACUUUUUUAGGGCCCUUAAUCUUGGCCAUGCACAUGAGAGAGUUGAAGAACCGUUAAGCCGACAGCUGUCUCUCCUAAUCCUCCCAUACAGGUACACACACCUUGGUCAAGCUUACAUUGGUUCUGAAUGGGAAGAGGAGAGAAAGCGAACGCCAGACUCCUCUACUGAUGCUUAUCUGGCUAAGAAUAAAAGUAUUGGGCAAUUGUAAUUCAGCUUGCCCAGUUCUUCUUCUCCACCAACACCAGCCAUAGAGACAGAGCCAGGAGGCCACUGUACAUAGAUGGCCAACUGGUCCUGCCAAAAUUAGUGGGUUCAGCUAACAUAUAUCUAAUGUGUGUGGCCAUAUAGAAAAGGAGCUACUCCACCUAACUAAAUGUUCAGUAAAUGCAUAAGUGUAAUAAGAGAGGCCCAUACUGUUGUUUUGCAGUCAUAUUUCAUACAGGAAUUAAACCCAAGGAUGCUAGAGUUACCCAGUAAUGCUGCCAGAAGCUGCUUCCCCAUGAGUACCUUGCACAUGAGAAUGUUGGGGUCAGUCGGCUGUUACUGUGUAAUUUUUAUUUUAUUUUUUUGUACCAGGAACACCGCCGAAAAAAAUUACCAAGAGCAAAUAUUUACACUGCUGCUAAGAAAAAAAAACUAAAAAAGUAAUAACUAUGCAGAGAUCUGUAGAAGUAUUUAAAUGAAAAAUAGAAAUACUAUGUUAUUUUUCCUCUGUCGGAUGCCUCCAUGACACCAGACAAACAUGAGGCCUACUUAAUAAGAUUAUGCGCUUUGUUGUACGCCUUGGUUACCAUGGAGCUGAGGUCUAGUCCUCCUUUGGUUUUGUACUUAAAGUACUGCUUAACCGUCACCCUGGACGAGGGCUCCGUGGUUAGAAUUCGCACAUAUGACGUAGUGGUUGAGUUUUAUUCAGCCGUUAUCUAUUUUAUUUGUUUUCAUUUUUUUUUGUUUGUUUUCGCUCUGUAACCUGUUACUUUAGAAAUAGCAAAUUUAUAUAAAUAUCUAUAUAAAUAUAUAUAAGUAAAUAUAUAUGAAAAAGGAAAAUACAAAGGACAUUACAAAAUGAAAAAGUGUACAUUGUAAAUCAAGUAUUUUGUGAUAUGUACAAUACAAAAAUUAAUUUUACACGGACAAAAAAAUGUUUUUUUUUAAUAAAAAAAAGAAAAAGAAUAUUGCAUUCUGAAAAAUUCAUACUAUGUCUUUGUAUGAGCAAAUAAAACUAUAUUUUACCAAGAUAAAGAGAAUUGUAUCACCUGUUAAUUUUUAUACUUGCUGUAAGUGUCCCGCAA